AUUAGGGUUUAAUGAUGGAGAAAAACAAAAAAAGGUCAACCCCAACAGCGUAGUUUGUAGUAUUAUCUGCUGUGACUUCUCGGGCACAAUUAUAUCCAAGCAUGAUUCCCUUAAUUUACUUGGGUUCAUUCUUUUUUUUUUUUUUCUUUUUCUAUUUAUUUUUUUAACGUGGGCUUAUGAUCCAUAACUAAAUAUUAUACAUAUUGCAUUCAUAUUCCCUGUACUGCAGAUAAAUGGACAUGUGUCCUCAGGCCGGCGCCAAAUCCCUUUUGACUUCAAAAAUGUUUCUGAAACUUCACCCCUUUCCAUUAUAUAAAGGCCUCAUCUUUCCCUUUUGAUCAGCAACUUAAACUACUUUCUGAUUCUAAAGUCACAAAGUACCCUUUUCUAUCCUAGUAAGUACUUUUGGAAACUCAUCUCUCCACCUCCACAUCAAGUUAGAUAACAGAAUCAGUUGUACCACUGCAAAUAUGGGAAGAGCUCCUUGCUGUGAUAAAAAUGGACUCAAGAAAGGUCCAUGGACAACCGAAGAAGAUGCCAUGCUAGUGAAUUAUAUUCAGAAGCAUGGACCUGGAAAUUGGAGAAACCUUCCAAAGAAUGCAGGACUCCAGAGAUGCGGGAAGAGUUGCCGCCUCAGAUGGACUAACUACCUGAGACCUGAUAUAAAGAGAGGAAGGUUCUCCUUUGAAGAAGAAGAGACUAUAAUCCAACUACAUAGCAUCCUUGGAAACAAGUGGUCAGCUAUUGCUGCUCGCUUGCCAGGAAGGACAGACAAUGAAAUAAAAAACUACUGGAACACGCACAUCCGAAAAAGGCUCCUUCGAAUGGGAAUUGAUCCCGUGACUCAUGCUCCACGCAUCGAUCUUCUUGAUCUGUCCUCAAUUCUCAGCUCAUAUGUGUGCAACAACCCAGCUGCUGCACUACUCAAUUUGUCAAACUUGUUGAAUUGUACCCAGCAGCAACAACCACUUGUUAAUCCAGAAAUGUUAAGGCUAGCAACAAGUCUGUUAUCAAUCAAACAAGAAAACCCGGAAAUGUGUUCCCAAAAUUAUAAUCUCCAUCAAAACCAGAUUUCCAAUUCUCAGGAACAAAAUAAUCAAGUUCUCCCACCUUUACAAUCCAAUGAUCAGUUUCAAAAUCUUAUCCAAGGGGGAGACUUUUCUGCUGACAUGGCAAAACAUCUGAUGCAACAGAUCAAUGUGAAAGGUUACUCACCAAACAUGACCAACUUGAGCUGCCCCCUUUCCCAAGAAAACAUAGUCCCUCCGAAUUUGAGUGCCGAUCAUCAUCAAACAGCGGUCUCCCAACCAAACUAUGUGCCUUGCAGUACUACUUCUGGUAACCCUAGUCCUGAUUAUCCGGAAAAUUCAUAUUUCCAAUCUUUUAACUACAACAAGAACCACGAUUUCAGCUUCGAUUCAGUUAUGUCAACGCCUUAUUCAAGCCCGACUCCUUUGAAUUCAUCAGGUACAUACAUAAACAGCAGCACAGAGGAUGAGAAGGAAAGCUAUUGCAGCAGCUGGUUAAAGUUUGAAAUCCCAGAGGGUACUUUGGACAUCAGUGAUAUCAUCUAAAAUCUCUUGGUGGUAGCUCGUAGCUAGGCUUAAUAAUCUUGUACUUUGUGUUUGUAGUUUUGUUUUUUCUUGUAGUUGAUGUUGAUACUGAAAUUCUUUUUUCAUUGUUAAUUAAUACUACAGUCUUUGUUUUUUGUACGUACUAA